AUUGCUGGCUUGCUGUAGCAAAUGCGUCCUCGUGCUUCGGGUGCGGUACGGACUAACCAUAUAUGGUGUAUAACCUUGCCUUGGUUUGUGCUACAGUUACCAUGAGGCUUUUGUGUUGUUCCAUCUUAUACACGAAUCUCCAUAAGGGCAGUGCAGCAGUAUGCGUGACAGCAGCGCUUUUACACUAUUGCGGUCAUCUGGAAUCAGCUGGCGUAGUCCUCAUGUAUCUAGGCAUGGUUUCCGUAGGACUAUUCUUGGGCUGCAAGAGUGUGCUUUGUACUGAUGAAAAAUACACUCCAGUUCUAAAGAAGCACCCAGGAAACAAAAUGUUGCAACAAGUGUUCGAGGAGAAACUGAAAGAGUACAACAGGGUCAUAAAUCCUGUUCCAGCAAGACAUCCUCCCAUCGUUUUCUCAAGAGCGAUCGACGCCAAGCUCAACGAGAUUAUCGACCUAGUCACGAGGGACUUUGUGAUCCCGUGGUACCAAACUCUUGUCCCAGACCACAGAUAUUUCUGCGCCCUUUUGAGAGACGAAAUAUGGCGAGUCUUGUGGAAGAUCAAAGAUCGCUGUCACAAGAUGGACGACGUCAAGUUCUUCACCGAAGACGUCGUGAAAAAGAUUCACGUCCACUUUCAAAAAGUCAGACUCGCGGGUUCGGGGAACGGAGAGAAGCAGCCGUACGAACUUAGCUCUUUUCUCAGGACAAAGGACAGUGAACAGGACCAUGUGCGCAAAAUGACGGAGUUUCUGCUUGCCAUUCUGCUGCCUUCGGAAUACGCCCUCUGCAUUUCGGUCAGACAUUUGUUGCGAGAGAUCUUCACCUGCCUAGUGUUCUACCCCAUGGUGACCAUGAUCACGGACCCAAAGUACAUCAACGAGAAGAUGUUGGCCUACCUCAAGUGGCUGCAGUCUGAGAACGAGAAGCACAGCAGAACGUAUGCGUACGCUGAGACGUGGGAGGACUUCGUGUUCAUGAUCGAAACGUGCACGGACGUGGAUAACCUGAAGCGCAUGAGAUUCAACAUUAUUGCCGAAAUUAUGCAAGCUACUACCCAAAAUAAUCUGAAGAAGGCCAAGGGUAUUAGCGAGGACAAAGAAUAUGAGCCUCAGAGUACAGCCAAGGGAGACUUGCUUCAGUCUCGUAACCUUACCAAAUACAUUAAACAGCUGACCUACGCCAAGACAAUGUGCGAAAAACGCCUCAAGCUGAUUGGUGGUAUGGACUUCUCAUCUCCUACGGAGGAGCAAGACAGCCUUCCAGGAAAAAAAGUCUUUGCCUUCUCCGUCAUCAUGGAGUCUCCACAGUGUCGAGAAUACCUGGCAAAGUUCCUGCGGGGUGAAGAAGGAGGCCGAUCACUUUUUGCCUUCUGGAGAGAUGUAGAAGAAAUGAGAACGUCGAGCAAGGACGAGUGGCAUCAGCUGGGCAACGUCAUCUACCAGACGUACAUAAAAAAUCCACGCAUGGGAAUCAAGCUGUCCCGGACAAUUCUCAAGGGGAUUGAGGCCUUUAUAAUGGCUGACUCGGGUCCAGAGGCGUUCUUUCAGGCGCAGCAAGAAAUUUAUAAAAUCCUCGAAGAGCGAUAUUAUCCCUCCUUCCUCCUGAGCGAGGCUUAUCACAAUCUGGUCCUCGAAACGAAAAAGUCUUGCAUAGACGUCGGACGCGUCAGGGAUGAUGACGAACGCGACCCCCUCUCCGAGCGCACUGAAGACACCGUCAUUGCUCCAGAUCAGCCCUAUAAGACAGUCACUGAGAGCUGUAUUCAAGCAAAGUCUCAACUGAGACAGCUGGAAGCGAAGCUGGACGAGAAAAAGAAGGCUCUUCACGCUCUACAUGCCACCCUCAAUUCCGACCCCAAGAUGGUGCAGGUGCUGGAGAAGGAGAUGAGCGAAAUGCGAGCGACUAAGAACCAGCUGGAACGCCACAUCGAAAGAGCGCAGAUGUGGGCGGAAAACAUUGGGAAGUGGAAGGCGACGGUUCAUAGUUCCCAGAUUGUCAAAGACGCGAACCUGAAGCCUUUGCCAUAUUUUGCCAUCAUGGUCGAGUCGAGCGGUGCUCAUCAGACCGGUUGGGUAGUGACGAAAACCCUGGCAGAUUUCCACCACUUGCAACAGAAGUUGCUUCCUGUAGCACCAAACCUGAAGAAAAAGAUAGUUCUUCCUCCAUCAACAAAACCGAGGUUUCGUAGCUACGACCAGGUGUUCUUGGAUAAGACAGAACCUGUGCUUCAACAAUUCCUUUCUUAUGUAAUGGAGGAAGAUGCUCUUAGGCAAAGCGAAGCACUGUACACCUUCUUCAACCAAGGUCCAGACGCCCUCAUUCACGAUGUGCCUGUCGUAAAAAAGGCAUCUUCCAUCUCACUUUUCCAGCGGUUUAAAAACUUUUCUGUUCCCCUGCUGACAGACAGUAGUGACGACGACAGCGUCCUGUUCUUAAACGACCGAGACCUGAAAGAAGACCGGAAGGAUGACAUUGCUGUCCCUCUUUACGCCAUGGCCGGCGAAGUAUUUGAGUUGCAGGGCGUCUUCAAUUGGCUCCGCAGGACACUUAUCGCAUUUGUGCAAACCUCUUAUGGAAAAACUAUAAACAAGCAGCUCAGAGAGUGGGUUGCCUGGAUAGUCUCCGAGCCCAUGCUCAUCUACUACCUGGACACAUUCCGAGACUCUAUGUGGCCGGAUGGACAGACACCAGGACAAGCAUCAGGACAGGCAGACACAGAGAAAUGUCUGGAGGAAGAUACUGCCAGGAAGCACGAGGCUAAGAUGCUGCUGCUAAACAACAUUCCAGAAGUCUUGAAUCUCGUCGGUCAACAGAAUGCACGAAAAGGUGUGGCCAAAGCAUUUGACAUUCUGCAAGAUGUCAGGCUCAACAAGCAAUUGUUUUACGAUAUUUUUGAAGCAUUCCUGUAUGAAUUUGCCCCAGAGCUCACACCAUGUUGAGCUUAAACCAUGUCCUAUUGGUACUAUAGGUAAGAACAUUGUCUCGUCUAGUCAUGUGUGUGAUGUAAUAUACGUGUAAAUAUAUACAUAAUACAAGUAUGUUUCUCUGUCUAAAACAUAACCUGAGAUUUUAUUGUGCGCACUGAAAAGAAAUUUGUCAUAUAAUGCAAGUAUGUACAAAUGGGUAUUUACAUUGAAGUGUACAUAAGGUUGUCAUGCAGUGUUAAAAAAAGUUUGUCAUGUGCUGCCAAUGGCAGUUGUCCGGCGGAGCUUAAAACUGCCUUGGCGAAUUUCAGCCAGCAGUCUGUCUACGAGGCAUUCUUCUUCUGCUGGAGGCUUUUCUGGCCCUUUCUUGCGUCCUACAAGGAAGCGAAGUGUUAGCUGAAACUUGCAAUUUACGUUACUGUCAUAAAAUACACUAAUGUAAAAUAUUAUGCAAGUGCACACCUUGAAAGAAACACUUGCAGCGAAUAUUUUACAUUGCACGCUGCAUUGCAUUGCACUCUGUUACACUACCUACUAUUCUACUGUGUGCCGUAAUGUAUAGUUAGAGAAGCCAGCUCAGAGUUCCACAUGCAAAACACAGUGCUGGGGGUAAGUCCACCAAUCAAACAGACACUUCAGAGUAAAAUUGCGGGCUCUUUGUUUGGCAGACGUUAGCAAAGAAUAAGAACCAGUGCACCGCUGUACCCUGAAAGCAAGCAGCAAGUGCUGAAAAAUCAUGCACAUCAGGCAAUAGGGUGCAGAACAUAUUCAGAUUCUACCUUGUGUAUCUGAACCUUCAUGUAGCAAGGUAGUAGAGGAACAUAUAUUCAUUGAAUACACCUACAAAGUUAUUUGCCGUUAUGCAAAAAUAUUCAGGGUUGAGGCUUUGCACUUAAUCUUAAUUUUUUAAUGCUGAAUACAAUAGGUGUUUGUUAUUACUAGUUAGUAGUAGUAUUCUCAUAUAGUCAUGCAUUAUGGUUUUUAUGGUUUUAUUACUGCCUGCCUGGACAUUAACACAGCACAACUGAUCAUCAGUAUCCAGCACUGGUCGCUGGACAUCAUUUUGUUGCAUUGAACUUAAUAACGCAUUAAAUAAAUUGUUACACUAUA